GUAACGCCGAACAUCACAGUCCUCAAUCAAAAAUCAUAUUAUUUAUCACAAUAAAAAAUAUUUUGUUUGUACCUUGUGGUGUGAUAUGUUUCACGUUUAAAACUUAUAUAUUAGUUAGUAACUUAUAUAUAUAGUUCUGUAUUAGUCUUCGGUACGACUUACUAGUUACAAUUGGAUGUUAACAUUGGUAUUUUAACUCUCAUUUAAUAGUUCAAACAAUCGACCGAUCAACAUGGGAAAAUCUAAAAAAAAGCAUUCGAAAAAAAGCAAAAAAGAAAAAACUGUAGAAAGUGGAGGCAUUAAGAAAUCAAAACAAGUAUUGGCAGAUUAUGAUCCUACUGGCCCAGUAAUGCUUUCAGGAUCAUUGUAUUCUUUUCGUGAUCUUAAACCUAUGCCAAUUCCUGAAAAAGACCUUCUUGGACGUUGUCGAUUUGUUGCCGAGUUUGAAAAAUUGAAUCGCAUAGGUGAAGGAACAUAUGGCGUUGUGUAUCGUGCAAAGGAUUCAAAAUCACCAGUUGAAAAAAUUGUUGCAUUGAAGAAAGUUCGUAUGGAAAAUGAAAAGGAAGGAUUACCAAUGAGUGCACUUCGUGAGAUAUCAUUAUUAUUGAAAUGUGAUCAUGAGAAUAUCGUUCGCCUACAAGAAGUCUUAGUGGGCAGAAGUUUAGACAGUAUAUUUCUGUCAAUGGAGUAUUGCGAACAUGAUUUGUCCAGUUUAUUAGAUAACAUGGCUACUCCAUUUACUGAGUCUCAAGUAAAAUGUAUAUUUUUACAGCUCUUGAAAGGACUUAAGUAUUUGCAUUCAAAUUUCAUUAUUCAUCGUGAUCUCAAGGUAUCUAAUUUAUUGAUUACAGACAAAGGAUGUGUAAAAAUAGCUGAUUUUGGAUUGGCUCGUUUUUUUGGUGUGCCACCAAAGAAAAUGACAGCCAAAGUCGUAACACUUUGGUACAGAGCUCCUGAAGUCUUAUUAGGAUCUCCUAAGUUGACAACAGCUAUUGAUAUGUGGGCAACAGGAUGUAUUUUUGCUGAGCUUUUGCUUCACAAGCCGUUAUUACCUGGCCGUACAGAGAUUCAUCAACUUGAUUUGAUAUGUCAACUUCUUGGCACUCCCAACGCUUCAAUAUGGCCUGAAAUUGACACAUUACCAGCACUGAAAAAUUUUACAUUGAGACCACAGCCAUACAAUAAUAUUAGACCAAAAUUUCCAUGGUUAUCCGACGCUGGGAUUCGUCUUUUAAAUUUUUUAUUUAUGUAUGAACCGAGCAGAAGAGCAACAGCUGAAGAAUGUCUUCAAAGCUCUUACUUUGUUGAACCACCAUUGCCAUGUGAUCCUAAAUUGAUGCCUACAUUCCCACAGCAUCGUAAUUUAAAACUUAAGAAACCAUCGAAUCAACCAAAAGUUUGUCAAACUAUUCCGCCAGUUGUACCAUCCUUAACUGACUUAUUAAGUUGGAAGUAAAAGAAGAUCAUUUUUUGUAACUUACAAUAAUUUUAAUCCUUGAUAUUAUACAAUUUUUAUUCAAAAAAUCAUUACAAAACAAUUUUAUAUUGUAUACUCUUAUACUAAAAACAUGAGCCUAGUUUGCUUUUAAAAACAAUAAACAUAAUUAUAUCAGAUUAUAAAUA